UCCCACCAUAGAAAUUAUAGAGAAUCCAAUUAUAGAUUCUUCUCCGUCGACAGACAAACCAACAACGAAAUCGGCAAAUUUUAGGGUUUCUGUGCUCUGCAAAAUGCUCCAAACACAUGGUUUCGAUUUCUUUUUCCGUCCCUAAAAUUAGGGCUUUUAAUCGCCAGCGCAACACUAAUCUGAUGCUGAGUUCAAAUUGCGUUCACUCUCUACCUCAGCGCCCCCAAAUCCCUCAGCUCCCAGUCUCCAGUCCCAGAUUUAGGGCAUCGAAACUCACCGGUAAAUCUCUGUUUGCUCCUGCGCUCAGCUUUCGGCUUUCGGAAACCCAUUCCCGCUUCUCAACUAAGAAAUGGAAGAUCUCGUGCUUUCGGCAUGAAGAAUCGUCUCCCGAUUCUCCAAAUUCAGAGUCUGCUGGUGAACUUCUGCAUGAGCCAGAGAAGUCAGAGAUUAAUACGCCAACUGUCGAAAAAAGAAGUUGGGGUACACGUCUGAAAGAGGCUGUAGAUGCACUGUUUCAAGUGAUUGGGAAACCUUGGACUGUACCAUGGACUGCAGAGACCAUCCUACAGGUAACACUGCUCUGGAUAUUGUCAUUCUGGUUCGUGGGGUCAUGGUUGAUUCCAUUUGGAGCUCAUAUUGUUGGCUUCAGCAAGGAAUCACUGACGUUUAGAGGACAGGCAUUAUUCAGCCUUCUAACCGACGUGACCGAAGGUCUAGCUGGAAUUCUAAUCCUUCACCGCUGCCUGUCACGUUUCCGUCCCCUCCCAUCCGAUUGGUUCAAGUUCAGCCUAAAAGGGAACUGGAUGUUCGACGUUUUGCUCGGAUGCUUCAUGUUCCCAUUGGUCAACCGCCUCUCGCAAUUCAACCUCGAUUUGCUGCCCGUACUUCCCUCCACUCCCAUCACCCUGUCCAGUGUCGAGCAGUCGAUAAUGGCCCGCGACCCGAUCGCAAUGUCUCUGUACGCACUGGUGCUCGUGGUGUGCGCGCCCCUGUGGGAGGAGAUUGUGUUCCGGGGCUUCCUCCUGCCGUCUCUCACGAAAUACAUGCCGGUAUGGUCCUCGAUCCUACUGAGCUCCGUCGCGUUUGCAUUGGCACACUUCAAUGUACAGAGAAUGCUGCCGCUUAUUUUUCUUGGGGUGGUGAUGGGUGUGACGUAUUCGAGGUCGAGGAAUCUGCUGCCGUCCAUGCUCCUGCACAGUCUGUGGAAUGGCUUCGUGUUCUUGGAUCUCAUGAAGUGAAAUGCCUCAUUUCUUUCACCAUUCUCUAACUAGUUGACAAAGAAUUCAUUCUUGCCCAAUCUGAAUCAUGGACUGCAUUACUUCUGUUGUAAGAAUAAGUAUCAAUCUUUUUAUUGCAUUUUUGUAAAUUAUUAUUCAGGUUCUAGUUCAUUAUCUUCUCCUGUGCUCAA